AUGCCGGAUCUACUAGAUUGGACGAGUCAUCAACAUCAAGGUAUACUUGUUGGUGGAGCUUGCACGUUGAUAUAUCUUGUUUCGUACUUCUUCUUCGGCCAGCAACCAACAAGAAAGAUUUCUGGAAAAGCUGCACGGGCUUUCCAACUGAGGCAAGCUUUCGAUAGAAUUAAGAAAAAACAGGAUGUAAAACCUCUCAUUCAAGAUAAUGUUGAUAGCCCAGAAAUGUUGAAAGUCAAGCAGUUAUGGAUCUAUCCCAUAAAGUCCCUCAGAGGCUGCUCCGUUCAACAAGCCAUGUUAACAAACGAGGGUUUUUAUCACGACCGACGAUUCAUGCUUCUGAAAAAGUCGGACGAUACCUCCGAGACAUUAGAGAACAUGCACAUCGCUAAAUUUGCUUCAAUGUCCCUUUUCCAUCCGUCCAUCUCAGGCGAAAAACUACUCGUCAGUUAUCGAUCCCCCGGAACCGAAGAGCCUACCGGUGAAGUCUUGGAGUUAGAUCUUCACCCGAACACCAAAGGUCUCGAAACAGUCGAUGUUAAUAUGCAUCGUAGCCCUACGACGGGCUACAACAUGGGUUCUAAAGCUAACGAAUGGUUCUCGUCUCGUUUUGGUUUCGACGUGGUUCUAGCAUUUUGGGGCGAUAAUCCGCGACUUGCGCUGGGCAAUAUUCCUGGAAAGCCGUACGGUUAUUCACCCAAGCCAAAGUCUUCGCUGUCGCAAGCGAUUUCCCAAAUUCCACUUGUUGGAUCAUUAAUGCAAGAUGAAGAGAACGAUAAAAUCGCUUUCAACGAUUGCGCGCCUUACUUAGUAAUUAACCAAAGCUCCGUAGACGAAGUCUCCUCCCGCCUUUCCGAAGACACUUCCAUGGACCUCACUAAAUUCCGUUCAAACAUAGUCCUCUCGUCGCCGUCUCUAAGAGAAUGGGAAGAAGAUUACUGGGCAUCAAUCGAGUUUCCGACGUUGGAUGCGAGGAUCAUCUUGACUGGUAAUUGUGGACGGUGCGCAAGUUUGAAUGUGGACUAUAAUAUGGGUCAGCCUGGGAAAGGCAAAGAAGGAGAGAUUCUGAAGUUGAUGCAGAAGGAUAGGAGGGUUGAUGAGGGCAUGAAGUAUAGUCCUAUUUUUGGAAGGUAUGGGUUUGUGAGCAAAGGGGGCGAGGGGAAGGUUGUUAAAGUGGGAGAUGUUUGUCGGAUUGGAGAAAGGAAUGAGAGCGGUACUACGUUUUACUGGCCAGGCUUGUCGACCGGGACAAGAUGA